CGCAUGCCCGUCCGGGGAGCGCCCUCCAGGAGUCUCCGACCGGAAACAAACAUUACCCGACCAUGUCGCGACUCUGUGUUCCUCAGGAACUUGACAGAAACAAUUUGAUAGAGGCUGCUAAGGCUCGCUUGAAAAAGUAUGAUGUUGGGGCCAGAUACACAUGCUUAUCAGCUGAGAAGUGUGCUGUCCUUUUACCACUGUUGUAUAAAGAAGGAAAACUCCACCUGUUGUUCACCCUCCGGUCGGAGAAGCUAAGAAGGUCGCCUGGAGAGGUUUGCUUUCCUGGAGGAAGGUGGGAACCUACAGACGCGGAUGACGUAGCCACAGCUCUGCGGGAAGCCCAGGAGGAAGUGGGGCUGCAUCCUCAGCAGGUGAAGGUCAUCUGCUGCCUGCUGCCACAGCCGUUUCAGAAAGGUAUGUUGAUAACGCCAGUUGUGGGCUUUAUAGACCACAACUUCCAGGCCCAGCCUAACCCCAGUGAAGUCAAGGAUGUGUUCCUGGUGCCUCUGGACUACUUCCUGCAUCCUCGCGUCUACUACCAGCACCACAUCUCGUACGCUGGUCGUCAUUUCACUAUUCAUUGCUUUGAGUACACAAACCCUGAGAACAGCGUGACUUACAUCAUCAAGGGAAUAACUGCAAAACUCGCUGUGUUGGCUGCCUUAAUUAUUUUGGAAAAGAAACCCACCUUUGAGUUUGGAUUUGGCCUCAAUGACCUAAUACCAACCUGCAAAAAUUACCUCCUUCAUAAACAGACUAUCAGCAAGCUAUGAUUUAUGAGACCAGCAUCCAGACACCUGGCCAAGAAGUUUGUUUGUGUGCGCUUACACAACCAUAAUGUCGGCUGCUGGAAUUUUACAGGUGUAUUUUUCCUGAUAUGAAAGUGGGAAGAAAAAAAAAAAACUUUUUUCCAGUUGCCUCUGUUAUCUGAGAGAGCAAAAGUCUUUGAGAAGUAGAAAGAUGCGUUUAUAGUGCUGCAAUUUUAACCUCCAGUGUGUUAACGAUAUUUGUCUAAUACAUUUAAGAAAGAGUAUCUGGCAUAUAAUAAACAUUUGUUCAUGAUAAACCUGUGAUGUUUAUCUCGUUAG